AUGGAUCCACAGGAACUUUACAACGAACUUAAGAACAUAUGCAUUGCCCCACCAACAGAUGUGAAAAAGAAUCAACCAAAAGAAAUAGAUCCUGAUAAAAUGUGGACAGUCUUAUUUUCGAUUGCCCAGACUUCAAUUCGUACUCUUGGCAUGUACUAUCCACUUUUACUAGGUUACAUCCACAAACUCCCUCAAUUUCUUGAAAAAAGCUGUCAAGUUGUCACUAAUUUUAUCAAUGAAUAUUCAGACAAUAGUAAAUCAUUCGAUGAAAGAACAAAAUUAUGCGGACCAUUAGCUCUUCUUGCACCUUUACUCUCUAUUUCUAAUCUUGUUAAGUUCUUUGAUAUAAGUGUUGAUAUUAUGCACAAUUAUAUCAAUGAGAACCAAGAUAUCUCUCUAGAAUUCAUCGAUGUCUUCGAUGAAAUCAUGACAGAAGAUUUACAGCCACAAGCAAUCGCUGCAGUUUACAAUCAUCUUCAUAAACUCAUGGGAACAGAAAAAGCACCAGCAGCAAUGUUCAUUCUUGCACCUAUAUCAUUCCCUCUACUCGAAGUUUCAGAAGGCGCUGAUACUUUCGUAAUAGAAACAGUUUUACAAACAAUCAAGAAAGAUCGCAUCAACCAAAUCGUUUCAUGCUUCCUUCUCGAAUACUUAAGUGUUUACUUCGAUAGUGUACACGAAGCAGCACCUCCUGCUGAAGUUCUUGCUAAUGAUUUAUUUCCAUUGUUGACACAAGACGAUUCUAAGGUCAGAUACCGUGCGAGCAGGGCCUUUAAGUCACUUAUACAAGAAGAUCUUUUCCUUUCACCACCAAUUGUCACUCUUUUCCUCAGUAGUUUCCCUAAUUUCACAACAGACGCCCAAAUCAACGUUUUCUUCAAGAUUGUAUCAACAUUCAUCUAUCCAGAGGAAGAAUACGAUGAUUACGCCGACGACGAACCAUCCCAAGAAGUUUCAAUUCUCCAACCAAUUCUAGAUUUCGCCAUGAUGACCCUGAAAUCAUCCCAAAGUCCACUAGUUCGUGGCCACUGCCUAGAUACACUUGCAGACCUCGAAGGAAGGGACACAAUGUUCGUAGAAGAUUGUUAUCAAGAAGCAUUACGUCAUGCCGAACAAUUAGUUGCAGAAGGACACGUCGUAGCCUUUCCAUGGCUCAGUUCCUAUUUCGUGGCCAUGUCAAAGGACUUCACUGCCGAGACAAAAUCCACAAUCAUCAAGUAUCUUCCAACAUUAGUCAAAGCAAUACAUGAUGAAAACGCCGGCCGCCUCAAAGACAGACUAAACCUUGCAGCCGACUUAGCUGUUAUGGUUGGAGAUGGUUUUGCCGAUGAUUUGUGUCCUGAAAUUGCAAAUUACGCGAUGAAAUUCUUGAGUUCAGAGAACAUCAAAGAAAUGAUGAAUGCAUGUGCAAUAUUCAUUGCUCUUCGGCCUAAACUCACUCCAAAGCUUGCGAACACAAUAUUCGAGAUAGCAGCAAAGAGAGCAGAAGAAGUAAUGUCGUCUGAUGCAUUGACAACAUUAGUUCAAACAAUGAGAAAAAUUAUGAAGAAAUUUGACAUCGACGAUAAGCUUUCUGGCAGAUUUACACAGAAGAUCAUGGAAGGACAGCUUGCAAUAUUAUACGGACAGCCACCACAUCUUUCCAAACCUCCUGAGAAGUUCUUAUUCCUUUAUUUGGAAAGAUAUAUCGUUAGAAACAUCAAAAAAGCAUCAGAAAUCUGUGCAAAACUCAUAGAAUGGAUUGCAAAGGCUCCUUUCUCAGUAAUCCCUAUGAUCCUUAGACCAAUAGACGCUGGUCUUCAAGCAGGAGUUGUAAAUGAACAAAUGGCAAGUAUUUUGACAGGAAUUUUGUCAGUUUUAUUGCCACAAUUGAAUGCAAAUGAUAUCGAUGAAUUGAGCGCUACUUGCAGGACAUUGAAGAAUGUCUACGAACAACACCCUGACGUUGUUGAACCUUGCGAUCCUUUCUUCGAGCAUUUGUCUGAAAUUGUCUCAAAUAUUUCUGAAGAAGAUGAUAAAAGUGACGAUAGAAAUUAUUAUGGUGACAUGAAAUCACCAAUUGUUUGUUUACCAGAUAUUGCUAUGUUUGUUUUCACUGUAUACACGAGCAGUGAAACAACAAAGGUAUUUCCAGAGUUACUCCAAAAUAUUUUGAAGCACAUGCCAUUCAGACCUGAAAUAGAGGAAAACGAGGAGUUGAUGGAAUGCUUGUGCUCAAUGCUCGAAGAGGAAGACAGAUUUAAAUCUAUCGUUGUACCGGCUCUUUCAAUUUUCACUGAACUUCUUUUGCUUAAGAAGGCAGAGCUGGAUGAAUACGAGCUCGAGGAAGAUACAGUGACAAUGAUGAAGGAUACAUUGAAGAGAAUUGUUAAAACAGAUAGCGAUGUACAAAAACAAUUGCAAAAAUUAUUCGGAUCAUCAAGAGCAAAACUUAACAGAUUCAAUACACUUACUAGAUAA